AGCAGUGGCGGCCGGUCCAUAGGGGCGAAAAGGCUACAGCCCCCCAAGACAAAAUGCGAAUUAACAAAAAAUUUAAAAUAUGAUUUUGUGAUUAAAUAAUUUCCAGAUAUAUACGAAAAUUCAAUCAAAACCUGAAUUUUAAUAGUAGCCAGUUACGCAACACGCAAUAUAUAUAUAUAUAUAUAUAUAUAUAUAUAUAUAUAUUAUCCGAUCCCAAUACCCCGAAGUCGCGAGCUAGAUUCCCUAUCGAUUCGAGGCUAGAAUAAUUUUUGCCGCGAUCGCCGACCUGAUUGAGUGGCUCGCUACGUCAUACCUCCCACGCGCUUACGAGUUUUAUACGGGAUUUUAACACGCGAGUUGGCGAAAUAAUUUUUAGCCAGUCCCGAUUUACGUGUGUACGAAAUCGCUUCGUCGCGUCCCCGUGCCGUUGUUCGGGCGUUCAAAAAGUUUAAAAUGGCAAAUGAAGUACAAAAUUUGUUAAAAGGUGAAUUUUCUCGGCUUCCGCUUGCUGAAAAAAUAAUAAUAAAAUCCCUUGGAAGGCCGAUUCCAAAUAUCAACCUUACUCAGGCUGACAAAUCGACGAAAGCUGGUUGUUUUAAGAGACAUUUUAAGAAAGAUAUCUAUAACAAAAACAAAUGGAUAUGCGGUUGUGGCACAUUAAACGCCCUGUUUUGUUUUCCGUGCUUACUGUUUUAUUCAGAUGCAGCGGAAAAGACAUGGACAAGAACUGGAUUUAAAGAUUUAAAGCAUAUAAACCAGAAAAUUAGUAAGCAUGAAAAUUCGGCUCGUCACAUGAUUUGUUCGACAGAAUUAGCUUUAUUGGGAACAGCUAGUAUCGCUGCUCAGUUAGAUUCCGCUUACAGGCAAAAUAUUAUUAAGCACAACGAGCAAGUGGACAAAAAUAGAUAUCUUUUAAAAAGAAUAAUAAACUGUAUAAAGUUUUGCGGUAAAUUGGAAUUAGCGUUAAGAGGGCACGACGAAAGUGAAGACUCUGAAAAUCGUGGCAUUUUUCGAGAGUUGAUUAAUUUUACGUCCGAAUUGGAUACAAUAUUAAAGGAACAUUUAAAAAGUGCGACUCUGUUUAAGGGUACUUCUAAAACAGUACAAAAUGAAAUACUAGAUAGUAUGUUGGAAGUCUGCCAACAAGAAAUUCGACAGCAAAUUAAUGCAGCAGAGUUUUUAGCUAUACAGUGCGACGAAACAACAGAUAUUUCACAUCAUUGUCAAAUGGUAAUGAUAUUUAGAUAUCUCCAUGAAGGUGAAAUACAAGAAAGAUUUUGGCGUUUUUUGAGCGUUACGGACAAGACAGCUGAAGGUUUGGCAAAGUGUAUCGAAGAAGAACUAGGCCCAUUAUUAAAAGAUUCACCCAACAAAUUAAUUGCGCAAACUUAUGAUGGUGCAAACGUAAUGAGCGGUAGCAGUGGUGGAGUUCAAACAAAAAUAUCAGAACGCUCAUUUUAUACACUGUUACGCUCACCAACUGAACUUAAUUAUGCAGAGAGCAGCCAGCCAAAAUCCAAAAGUAAAAGUGUUUUUUUCAAACCUGUCGGCAAUUCCAAGUUUCUUCUCCAACUCCACGCACAGAUGCGAUUUAUUGGAAAAAAUAGUUAAAACCAAAAUGCCAAAGGUUGCGCCAACACGGUGGAAUUAUAACAUUCGCACAGUCAGUGCCGUUUUUGAGAACCGUGAAAGUCUUAUUGAUUGUUUCCGGGAGUUAGAGAAUAAAUGUGAUAAAACAAUUACUAGUAAGGAGGCAUACGGUUUAAGAAGAGCACUCGAAGAUUCUGAUUUCAUCUUUUUUUUGACUUUUUUUCACAAAACCCUACCGCACGUAGCUAUUUUGUUUAACCAGUUUCAAAGUAGGAAUAAAGACAGUGUACAACUUUUAAAAGAUAUUGACGUAUUGGAGAAGGCCAUUGUAUUGAUUAGGGACACUACAGAGGAUAUACAGCAAACUGUUGAAAAUGAGCAUGGAGACAAUGGAAAUAAACGCAGAAAAGUAGGACCCGAAGAAAGAAAUUGUAUUAUUGCAAAAGAAGUUUGCGAUAUAAUAAUUGUACAGACAAAAGAGAGACUUUCUUACAGGGGUCAUCUAGAAGCUGCAUCUUUAUUAGAUACACAAAACUUCACAAACUAUUCGAGAUAUUUUCCAGCAAAAAUACUGAAUUCAGUUGUGACUUAUUAUCCAAUGGUAAAUAAAGAAAAACUGAAAACCGAAUUAGAAGUAAUGUACAUGAGGGAAGACUUCAAAAAUAUUACAGGUGGUUUGAAUUUGCUGUCCCUAUUGACUAAUAACAACCUAGAGGAAACUUUUAGCGAAGUAACUAAGUUGUUGCAAAUAAUUAUAACUACUCCCAUGUCAACUUCCGAAGCAGAGCGCUGUUUCUCAACCCUUAAGAGGAU